GAGCUUUAAAGCGGGCGGGAGGCAGGCUGGCUGCGGUGCAGAUGCCUCGGGAAGCGCCCGAGCCGUGGCUGUGGUCUGUCGGUGAAGCCUCCCGGGCGGGUCUCCCUCCGCGGCAGCCGCCUUCCCGCGGGCUGGCAGGAGGCAGGCGGGAGCGACUCUUCGGGCCGCAACCGCUGUUGGUGGAGGGGGCCGGCGGGGAUCAUGGCCGCUCCGUCUCCGCACGCUCAGCAGCCGCUGCGGUGCAGCGUGAAGCUGCUCCUCGCCAGGGAGGAGCUGCCGGCAGGGCUGCAGCUCGCCAGCCCCAGCGAGGAAGCCCUGCAGCUGGAGAUGCUGCCCGGAGCGGAGGACGCGGACGUGACCGUGACAGACGAGACACUGAAUACUGUCGUGUGGGAAAACAGUCUGUGUUAAUUAUGCUGGAAUACAACACUGCCUUGCUCCAGUUCAAGUCACAAGCUGAAUACAACACAUUUUCAAAUGCAGUGAAGAGAUGCUGUAGCCAAAAGGAGGAGAACUCUGUGUUCAGUCAGAAAACAGAUGAAGCAUCUGCUACUCAGUAUUUUCAGUUUUAUGGCUGCCUGUCUCAACAACAGAAUGUGAUGCAGGAUUUUGUGAGGACAGCCACUUACUACAGAGCUAUUGUACAGAACUACAGAGAUUUUACAGACAAGGUGGUCCUAGAUGUUGGCUGUGGAUCAGGAAUCCUUUCAUUUUUUGCAGCGCAGGCCGGAGCUAGAAGAGUUUAUGCAGUUGAAGCCAGUUCAAUGGCAGAAUAUGCGGAGCUGUUAGUGAGAAGCAACAACCUUUCUGACAAGAUCACUGUUCUGACUGGAAAAAUUGAGGAGAUGUCCCUGCCUGAGAAUGUUGAUGUGGUAAUUUCUGAACCAAUGGGUUAUAUGCUGUUCAACGAAAGGAUGUUGGAAAGUUACCUCCAUUCCAAAAAAUGGUUGAAGUCAAAUGGAAUGAUGUUCCCAACUUACAGUGACAUUCAUUUGGCUCCUUUUUCUGAUGAGCAGCUGUACAUGGAACAGUACUCCAGAGCCAAUUUUUGGUACCAAGAAUGGUUUUAUGGGGUCAAUCUGUCCAGUCUGCACAGUGCAGCUGUGGAUGAGUAUUUGCAACAACCAAUUGUGGAUACUUUUGAUGUGAGAAUUCUGAUGGCCCAGACAGUGAAGUACACCAUUAACUUCAUGGAAGCCACUGAGGAAGAUUUGCAUAGAGUGGAAAUCCCUUUUGUUUUCCAAAUAAUGCAGUCUGGACUAAUCCAUGGCCUCGCCUUCUGGUUUGAUGUGGCAUUUGUAGGAUCGGUGGUAACUGUUUGGUUGUCCACUGCACCGACAGAACCUCUCACUCACUGGUAUCAAAUACGCUGCCUUCUUCAGACGCCUCUCUUUGCUAAAGAGGGGGAAACUCUCUCAGGGAAAGUCCUACUUGUUGCCAAUAAACAACAAAGUUAUGAUAUUCAGAUUGUGGCUAUGGUGGACCAGACAGGAUUUAAAUCUGGUAACAUUAUUGAUUUAAAGAAUCCAUUUUUCAGGUUUGUCUAGAAUAUAUUGUAAGAUGGCAUCUGGAAACAGAAGUGAGGUUCUCACCAAGCUGCAUAACCAGUGAGACUGAAAUCAGUUCUUAGUAGGACUACUGGUGCUUAUGUAAACUCAGUUUGUAACUGUACAUAUCUGUAAUUGUAUGUGAGUCACAUGAGAAGGGAAUGUUGUGGUUCCAUCUCUUUUUUUUCCCCUUUUUUACUAAUUUAAAUUUAGUCUGUGCUCACAUUUAGACUUGAAUUGCAGCAGACUCAAUUUUAUUCCAGGAAGUUAAUUUGGCAUAGAACAACAACAAUUUCUCUGUUUAUUUCUGUUUUACAGUAAGCUCACAUUGGUUCACUGGGGUUUUUUUGUUUGUUGUUUUUUUUUUAACAUUCUUACCAAUAUUCUUGGUUAUUGAACAAAACCUACCUCAUGUUUCUAUGUGUAACACAUUAAAAGAACUUUGAGCAGUAUGUAGCAUCCAUGCUUUAAACAUUCAGCCCAGAUUUCCAGAUAUUUCAAUGUUUGGUGUUAAACUUCUCACUCACCAGGGCAGUGUGUUAAAUACUUCAGUUUUCUCUCAAUGAACUCAUUAAUUUGGUUCAUUUUGAGACAUGAACCUGAAGUCAUCUUGCAUAUACUUUGUAAAUGGUCUGAGACUUCUCUAUGCCUAUAGGAGUGUAACAGGACACAUUUCUAAAUUACUCUUAGAACAGUGUGAUAUAAAACUGUAUGAUAGGAUACGUGUGACACUCACUUUUUCUUAACUCUGUGAGAAAUAUUGAGAGUCCAAGCUAUAAAAAGAUGUAUUUUUGGCCUGUGUACCCAGCAAAUGAGGAAGACCAUAGUACAGAUUUUAAUGAGAUGUCUCUCCAGACAACAUUAUGCAAAAAGAGCACAUAAUGACUUUUAUAGAAUGUGUUUCGGUUGUUCAAAGUAAAUGCCUUAGGCUGAAUUAAAGAGCUGGAGUCAAAUCAGAAAUGUAUAUGUCAUUUUACUACCAAAAACAUAACUGCAGUGAUACCUCUAGCAAGAUAAAAUCAGCCUUUACCCUUCCACACACUGUUGGAAGGCUGGUUUGAAUGAAAAGCUCCACAAAAACUGAUCUGUCUCUCAGGAAGUUACAAGCUGCAUUUGAUCAACAGACCAGCUAAGGAUCCCUGCUGGGAGUAAUUAAGAAACAGCUGUAGUUUCAGAGGUUUUUCUCCAAAAUCAACAGCCAUUUGCAGCUACUUAAAGAUAGUUUAUGAGAUUAUGGAAAGUAGUCCCUAAGAUUGUGAAACUUGUAAACGUAACAUGAACUUAAUGGCUGAGGCCAUGAAACUGUUGAAGUUAGCAUCAGAAAAUGAUUGCCUUGUUAUUUCCACUAGCAUUUAAUACAGGUGAGAGACUUCUAGUAUAAAAAUGUAGUUUGCACAAUAGAAGACUGUUUUGUUACACAAGUAUUAUAUAUAUAUAUAAAAAAAAAGUAUUUAAUGUGGGUUGCUGCCUCAGAAUGGUAACAGAAAUUAUCAUUCUAACCUGUACAAGCAGCAUAGUAAGAUUUCUGAUGCAAUGUCUGAUGGUUGGGUAGCCAUCCUUCCUAAAUUUAGUCUGCACAGUGGUUGGUGGUUUUAUGCUUAUAUGAGAGAAGGAAGCAAAUCCAAGAAUGUCCAAACCCAAAUACCAGGAAGCUGUAGUUCAGUUUUCUAGAGUUUGGCAGGUUUUCCUCAGCAAUUAUGAAAGGAAUAUAUGAAAUAUGAAUCUGAAUUUGUAAAGUCUCCAACUGACCUGCAUGUCUGUCUGGAUCUCACAUUUCGGUCUCAAACCUCUUCUAAAAAGUGUCUGUAUAUCAAAGAUAUUCUAUUUUCUAUAGGGGAAAACCUUACAUUGUGCAUUUCAUGUGGCAAUUUCAAUUCUUUUUAAGGAAGAAAGUAAAUAAAGGGGAGGAAAAACAACAGCAGCAGACAGCAGUGUUAGGUUGUGUAUCUUUAAUUCCAGAGCAAAAGGUGUACGUAUCUAAUAACUGUACCUUCAAUAUGUAUAGAAAAGAUUGUUUCUUUACACACUAACAAGUACAAAGAAUAUCUCACAGUGCUUGCUACUUUGAAGUCAUUUGGAUGAUCCAGGACUGGUAUUUGUAUUUCUCUCUACUUCAGGAAUUCACUUUAUUCCAGAUUGUAUGCUAGAACAGAAGAGAAGAUAGGUAUGAGAUACUGUACCAUUUGCAGUUUGAAAUAAGGUCCCGUGACUAUCUUCGUUUCAUUACCAUUUAACAUUUCAUUCUUUCCUGCUUUGAAGCGUUAGUGAUUUUGAAGUAUACAGGAGCCUACCUUCAAGGACUACAAUGUACUGUUUUCACCUUACAGGACUUUUUGGGUAUAAACAUAAGAAUAUAUUUGUAAAGUAUUUUUGAAACAACAUGACAAUGAAAACAUUUUAUUGGUACAAAUGCUGGUGUUUUGUUUCGGUAUUUUAUAAAGGCAACAUUAAUAAAUGCUAGAGAAUGUAGGGAAACUAAAGCAGAACUGUGGGGACAUUGGAGCAAACAGUUAUGAUGUAGUUUUACAAUAUAAGACUCUUUUAACAGAUUUGACCACAUUAUGAAAUACAGCAUUUCCGCAUUUAUAAAGAGGCUAUAUUAAUCCUGUUGAAAAAUGCCAUAUUGUCUUGCAUCCCAUAGACUCAAAAAGCACAACAGGGAAAACACUGAAUAUCAUAUUAAAUAGCUAUAAGUUUUCAUGCUUUGUUGGAUCCACGGUCAUUUAGAAGGUUCAUCUUCAAGAAAUUACAGCAGUAAGAAAUGCUUUUAACAGCUUAUCUUUCACGAAUUGUAUAUGGUUAUUUUCUUUUACCUUCAUCCCAGAGAUAUGCAUUUAAACUUUUGUAAGCAGUCACACAUACACAGUGAUUCACAAUAAAUUGCAUUUUCAGUA